CGCGCACUCUCCGCUGUGCGCCGCCGACGUCGCGACGCCGCCGCUAACUGCUCGCUGCUCGCUGCACCGUGCGCUCACAGCCUCACGCCGCGAACGCGACCAUUCUAUCCGCCUCGCGCCUCGCCACCUCGCACCUCGCGCCUUGCGCCUUGCGCCUCGCACCUCGCCGCCUCCGUCGCCGACCGCCGACCGUCGAGUGAACAUGUUUUAACUUUAACCGUCAAUAGUGCUACGGAACUCUCAGUGAACGUGUAUAACUAUUUUACGCUUCAUAUAUUUUUUUAAGCGAUCGUCAUCAUAUUUCGAUCGCAAGCUGACUGCGGUGAGUGAUACCGUGCGGCGCGCGGCUCGCGGCAUGGAGGCAGGGGCAGCCGCUGAAGAAUUCAUCACUAUAGUACCGGUGGGCGAGGGUAAGCCUGCCGUGAAAGAAUCGGAUUUUGUUACAGUGCUGUCAGUGGGUGCGGCGGCAGGCGCCGCUGAAGUCGUAGUGCAGAGACCGCGCGGGGCGCGACUUGGUCUCGGUCUAAAAUUCGAAGGAGGUUCCGCUGCCGCCGAAAAAGUCCGGAGACUUCUUGUACAAUCAUGUGCUGAAGAUAGCCCCGCUGCUAAUGCAUGUGCCCCUUGGGGUAAACUCAUACCCGGAGAUGAGAUACUAGCAAUCGACGGUGUUUCUGUGUCCGAUCUUACAAGAAUAGACUGCGUUAGACGUUUGAAGGAUUCCGAUGAAACUUUAAAGCUUUUAGUUCGACAUUUUGAUCCAAAUGAAAAAAGUAAAAUGGACCCUGUUGAGGAGCUUUUAACUAUGAGCCAAAAUACAGAUAUAAAUAUGCAAAUUACUUUACCACCUCCAGUUCCACCCAGAAAACUAGGAAAGAAAAACUCCUUUAAAGACAAACAAACACUACAAACAGUCGGUGAACAAAAUGCACUAAUUAACAUUGAUGGCCAAAAGCAAUCUUCUAAUGAUAAAGAAGGUUUAAUAACAAGUCAACAUGUGAUUUCUAACGUAACUAAGCUAUCAAGAAAGUCAUCAUUUGAUAGUCACAUACAUCGACAAAAUAAGGAAGGCAUAACAUACUUCAAGAAAGGAUCACCGGAUGAAGUAAGACGCUUAGUUCGGAGAUUGUCCGAUGGAAAAGUAAUGCCAGCUGAGGCAGAAGUAUAUAUUGACUUACUCUCAAACGAGUGGGAACGGUGUUUGGUUAUGGCCGAUGCAGAAUCUGAUGAUACAGGUAGUUCCAUUUCGACUGUUGUAGAUAGGUUGGGGUCAAUGGCAAGUUCGGUUGAAAAUAGCAUACCGUCAACUCCAAUAAUGCAGCCUAAGACAUUUGAUAUACAAAAAGUUUUGAAUUGUAUUGAAAAUAUUGAUUCAAAUAUAUUGAAAGACAUGACCAAUGGAAAAUUUAUAGAAGAUGAAAUUAAUUUAAAAAAAGAAUUUAAAAAGAUAGAAAAUAACACAAAUGGGCUGACUGUAUCAGAAAAAAGUUUAAAAAACACUCAAACAAAAGAGGACACUAAAAUGCAAUUUAAAAAGGAAAUUCAGGUAAACGACAAAAAUAACAAUUAUACUAUUGCACCUUGCAAUCUGCCAAAAGGAGAAAAUGCAGAACCAGAUAAAAAAGAACAAACAGAGGUGAAACAAGAUGUCGCAGCAGAAAAACCUAAACCUAUGCCUAGAAACACGAAGGUUGAGCGAUCUGCAAGUGAAAAGAAAAGAAAACCGAUUCCGCUUCCAGAAACAUUGCCUCCGCCAGUUCCCGAACCAUUACUGACACCUACUAAAAAGACAUGCAUAGAAACAUGGCUGCAGCGAUCCGAAGCCGAAAUGAAUAAUAAGAUAGAUGACAAGUAUGAUGAAAAUAUAGCACCAGAAGCUCUGCCACGGCUUAUUGACUUUGUUCCAAAGACUCAGUUUAAAGAAAACUCAAAGGAAGCACCAGUGUGUACGCGGCCUACGACAGCUCCGCCGCCGCCCCCGGUGGAAACUCGUGAGGACGGCUCUGGAGCCUCGCUGGAUACCAUCGGUGAAAUGGAUGAAUCCGGCGACGUGACCGACAGCGCGAAAAGCGUAAAGAAAGAUGAAACGAAAACUCGAAAAUCUUCGUUUGAAAGAAACUUUUGGGAAGAUCGCAUCCACAAGAGUGACGCAGAAGAUAAAAGCCUUUCAAACGAUGAAACACCUCUUCCUACUUGUCCCCGACAACCUCCUGACGGGGUGGAGACUCCCUCUGAUGUGGUAGACAAGGCUCCGGAUUUACCAACGAGGCUACCCCCUCGACUUCCACCAGCCUUAUAUGCUGGAACGACGCGUCCAAGAUUAUCUUAUUUAUCAAGAACUCAAGAUGCCAGAAGCGAAGCUAGCGUUAAGGAUAAAAUUGCCAUGUUCUCUAAUGACCUCGCAACUUCAACUGAUCGCCUGGAUAAGUGUGGAACACUGCCAGUUAGAACUAAGUCAACAUUAAGAAACAAUACACCGUCUUACUCAAACAGUUUUUCUGAAGUGUCUACAUUAGACAGACGUUUGACGAAGUCUACAGAUAAUUUGGAUGAUACCCCCCGAUCUUAUAAGAGACAUACAGAUCGGCCAGAAGUGCUUGGAGCACUCGAAAUAAGUAAUAAGGAAGUUAAAAAUAGCCGAUUCUCACAUUCCGAGCUUACAAAAAUGCCUUUGUUCUACGGAAGUACAACGACUCUACCGUCCUCUGUUGAUGCGUCUUUCAGUCGAAGUGUAUACCACAGUAGAAGCGUAAGUGAUGAUACUAGCAACAAAAAUGUAAGCGCUCAUAAGUUAGAACAUAUUAUAGAGCAAAGAAAAAAAUCGUUAUCGAAGCUUCGUGGCCUUGUAAUCCCAGAAGUUCACUCGCCGAUCGUUGACCUACCUGAAAUAAAAGUGAAAGAUUCCAUCUCUAAACCAUUCAUUUUAAAAUAUAAUCAAAACGACACGUAUAAAAAAGAUAAUUUGACAAUGACAAGAUCAUUAAGUGUAAACGAAAACAAAUGGAAUACUAAUUUCUUGCCAAAUAACAUACCUAAAUACUCACCUGCUUUCAAAAGAAAAUCCUUGCAAGUAUACAGUCCCUCGUCACUUUCGAAGGAAUCUACACCGGAAAGAAAAUUAUUAGAGAGAAUAGACGUUCAAAAUAAGACAUAUAAUAAGCCAAGCCUUGCAAAAACCUUGAGAAGUACAUUGGAAUCAGGAAGCCUUUUGCAAUCACCUAUCAAAGACUACAAAAAAUCUUUAGGUGACAUUCGUGAUUACAAGAAUGUCGAAAUCAAAAUAUGUACUACAACUGAAAUAGUUGACAGUGACAAUGAGUCUGCAUUGAGUUCAGCCCAGUCAAGUUAUCGUUCGUCAGCGUCCUCACCUAUGCAUCACAUUGACGCUAUAGAAUCGGAUAGCUCUCGCCUUUCCCCGAGAAUUUCACAAUACACAUCUUAUUCCCUGGUCAAGUCAGAAAUUCCUUCUAAAUCUUCAAAUACAGAGAAGAGUUGUGAGGAAUUUAUCAAACGCAAAGUUUGCCGUUCUGUAUCUUCAGAUACCAAUAUAUCUCUCAGUUCUUCGGCAGGAUCUGCUGCCACUUCUGGAUCACAAGCGAGCUGCAGUUCGCUUGAGAGUUCUGUUGCUGACUCAGACAAGAGAAAAGUUUCGAAAGUCUACAACGUAGAUACUAUAAAUAGAAGAAACAUCUUAGCUUCAGCAAAAUGCAGGAGCGGACGAGAUAUAAAUCUAAAAUCACCCGUUGUUGAAACAAAAUUCUCCCAUGAGUCUUACAACAGAUCUCCUAGUCCUACACUGAAAACGUCUGAACGUCUUUCUACACUCACAUCUUCAGUGAGUGCUAUAACGAAUAAAGGCGAGACCAGACGACGUAACAAGGUAAUCGCAGAAUCCGAUUCUGACACCGAUGACGAUACUCAUGCCAGAAACAGGAAAACUGAGUACAAAGCUUCAAGAUUGAAACGAAACUCAAGUAUUUCUAACAAGAGUAAACAAAACGAAAACAGCUAUGAACCUUCAAAGAUUGAGGAGGGAUCGAAACUUAUCAAAGAAAAAAUUAUCCAGGAAUCUACAAAGACGACGUCAGAACACUAUGGUGAAAAUAAAUCAAACAAUUUAGCCACACAUACUCAAUCAGUGCAAAGAAACAAUGAUAUUCAAAAAAGGAAAGAGAUUGAAACCCUAACAUCAAAGAAAAGUAUUGUUAACAAUAUUGACGUUGUCGAUAAUGUAAAGCCUAUGUUGUCCUAUGAAAAGUCCGAUAAAAUUGUUAACAACAAAAAGGAAGUAAGUAACAAUAAAUUUGACAGCAAAUAUAGUGACCAGCCCAAGACUUCGACAUCUAUAAUCAGACUGAAGAAAGCUGUUGGUUCAGGCGUUGGAGUCAUACUGGCUGGAGGCACAGACUGUGAAGCGAAGGACGUUACGGUCCAUCGAGUUCUAUCUGAUAGUGUAGCAGCAAAAGCAGGUCUGAAGAGAGGAGCAAAAAUUAAAGCCAUCAAUGGCUGUACUAUGAUGGGUCUCACACACGCGCAGUCAGUCACAAUUCUUAAGGAACAACGUUCAGAAGUAGUUAUUGAAAUAGAAAAUGAAAAUGCAGCGAACGACAGUGUAACGGGUUGCGGCUCUGAAAAAGCGGAGUCGAAGGAUCGUCAGAAGAGAGUCGAAGUAUCGAUCAAAGAAGAUAACAGUCCCAGUGAUGUAGUAACUGUAAUUGUAGAGAAGGCCGGCGGUGGGACAGGACUCGGUUUCGGAUUGGACGGCGGUCGGGAUUCGCCACACGGUGACCGGCCUUUGACCAUCAAAAAACUAUUUGCAGGUGGAGCAGCUGCUCAAAGUGGUCGUAUUCUAGUCGGUGCAGAACUACUCUCUGCUGGAGGGCAGUCUAUGGAGACAUUCACACGAACCCAAGCUUGGGCAGCUUUGAAAUCAUUGCCCGCCGGUCCUGUUGCCUUGGUACUAAGAAACCCUAAGGGUACUAAAGCCUAAUCUAAAUAUAAAACAAAAGCUGGUUAGAUGUGUUAUAGGUAUGUAUAGUUCAUCUUACCUUGGCGUUCAGAGUGUGUUCUUGUAUAUGUAAAAGGAUCAAAAUCUGCACGCACCAAGAUAAGUUGAAUUAUCUACGGAGUUUUUUCUGAAUGCAGAUUGAUUGGAUCGGUUGCCCAAGGCGAAUGAAUGUGAUGCUUGAAGAGGCAGUAUUUUGAUGUUUAGGCAUAGUACUACUGUAAUCACUUUUUCUACAAAAAAACAAUAAAAAUUAUAAAACAAAAUAGAUUUAAGAUAAGACAUAAUAAUUUUGAUAUUGAAAGCAACGACGAGUAAAUAACUUGUUACAUGCAUUAGUCAGUAUUGUUUAGAUUUUUGUAUAUAAAAAUAAUUCUUAUUUACUUACAAUAUUAUCCUAACACGAUACAAAUGUAUUUUCUUACGUAAGACCUUUUUAAGACUGUAUUCCAUUUUUGUUAAAUUGUUUAUUUAUUAAUUCGAUUAAUUUAAAACUAGUCUGUACAAUGACAUUUUGUGAUGUUAAACAUUUCUUAAUUCUAGGCAUUGUACUUAAAUAUAGUUAUGGAGUAAAGGAGACGAUGUCGAUCUAUUGUUGAGUGCCAUCUUGAAAUAAAUGUCUAGAAAUAUAUACUAACAUUUUUAGAUCAUUUACGAAAUAUUAUUUCAUUUGGUACUACAACGAUAAAAAUCUCAAUUAUAUUAAGUAACUUACGUGCUUUGUAACCCUGUUAAUGUUUGUAAGCAUAUAACUGUAAAAUGAUAUUGCUUAACCAAUUAA